GUGAUUAUUAGUUUACUAGUUUUCUUUUUUAGUAAUGUUUCCACUUCAUUUAAACCAAAAUUAUUUUUCGUGGCGUGAAAUGCAAGAUAUAUAAAUGUCAUGGUUUGCAGACCUCGCUGGCAGGGCUGAGACCCUUUUAAACAAUUUAGACGAACAAACUGGGGCAGUUUUACGAAAUGGCCAUGGUAUCAAACCGAGACCUGACAACUCCUCACCGCCAGAUAUUGUACAGAAAAAGAAGUUUAUAUCGAAGAAUAAACGAAGCUUACUAGAUAAUAGAUCUAGUUUUACCCCAGUACCGAAAAAUUCACCAACUAAUCAACCUCGGUCAACCCCAAAAAGUUUAGACCAUGCAAGAAUACAAGACCACCAUAAGAAGUCAGCAGGAAAGAAGUCUCCACAAUCUACAUUUCACAAUAAUGGACCCAAUACAAUGGGGGAUGAUUGUGAAAGUUAUGGAUUGAGGCAGAGAAGGUUCAGUUUACCAACAGAUUUGGAGUUUGUCAAUCAUGAAAAUAUUACAUUUGAUAUGCAGAAUUUAGAAGUUGAAAAUGCGAUGCUGAAGAAUGAAAUUAAUGUUGUCAAUAGAGAAGUUUCAGAUUUACUUAAUAAGUUAAGAACAACUGAGAAUGAAUUAAAACAGGUGCAAACACGGGCUGAAGCACAGUCUAAAUUAAACCAAAGAUUAAUUUUGGACAAAGAAGGUCUUUUGGUACAAUUGGAUGACUUGAGAUCAAAGAUUGAGGAAGUGAGCGUUGUUGAAUUGUCACAGUUUAGAUCUGAUAAACAGGCAUUGGACAGUGAAAAUCGGAGGUUACAAGAGAGAAACUGUGACUUACAAAAUGAUAUAAGAAACUUAAGAGAUGAACUUCAUGAGAGACAAUCCCAACAAAACAAAUUAGAAAAUGAGUUAAGGCACACACAAACACAGAUUUAUGAUUUAGAACAUGACUUAGAAAAGAGGAAAUUAGAGUGUGUUCGACUUGAAAAUGAGUGGGAGGCUUAUAAACUGCGGGUUAAAAGUAUGUUGUUCUCUAAAGAUAAUGAAAUCAAGGCUUUGAGAGAUGGAAGUAAUCUUUCAGAGGAUACAAAGCAGCUGAUUGAGCAGAUUGACAGAUUGAAAGAAGAACGGGAAAAUUUAUCCCAAGGAUUGUCAAACGUUAAAACUGAAUUCAGUGAAAUGAAACACCAUAUGGCGCAGUUGGAAGCACGUAACAGUAAUGCAGAGAGAGUUAUAGCUGGACUCCGAGAUGCUUUAAAGGAAGAGAGAGCCGCUAGAAAUAAGGCUGAAGCACAUGCUAAUAGUUUGAGCAAGGAACUUCAAACAGCAAAAGUACAAUCAGGCCAAACUAUAGCAAAUCUAAGAGCAUCACUACACAAUAAAGAGGAGGAAUUAUUGCUUCUUAAAGAAAAUUCAGCUCCUACUACAGACACAAGCGCCUUAAACGUAGGAGACUAUGACGUCAUGCAUUCCAUAGAAAAUGAGAAGAUACAGUAUUUAACACAGACAGUGGUUCAGAAACAGGGGAGAAUUGAUUCUCUCUUGGCUGAUAAUAACAUGCUAAAAAUACAGUUGGAUAAAUUAGAAACCAAAUACAAGACUGAGAUGUCACUACGCGCUCGUUCGCACGUUGUCAACGUCAACGACGAGAGGCGGAACACGUCACCACUCGCUAAACUAUCCUUAAGGAUGGGACUCAUGCUCAAACGAUUUCCCCUAAUAAGGAUUUUUAUUGUAUUUUAUAUGAUUGGCCUACAUUUUUGGGUGAUGACAGUGUUAUUGACAAGUACGCCAGAGAAUUAUAUCGUUAGACCUAAAUCGUGAUUGAAAAAUGGCUGUUUUUGUAUGAGCUUUAAAUAUUGUUAGUUAAACCGAUAGGAUGAAUUUCGAUAUUAAAUUGUUACGUGUGAAAAAUCAAGCAAUAUUUAUGUAAUUUUUUUAUUGAUUUUAAUAAAAUGUUAUCAUUUUGGGUAUCAAUUGUAAACAAAGAAAAUAUUUUGUUAUAAUUCAAGGUUUUUAAAGAUUUUUGUGAUGCUAAUAAUACUCGUAGCUUUUGUGGUAGCGCAUAUCGCGUAAAAAAUAGUUAACACUAAACGUUGACAGACAUACCCCAUGGCGUAUGGCAUAAUGUCUUUGCACAUUAAAUACUGUGAAUAAUUUUCAAAUAAAUGACCUUAUUAAAAAUGUAUAGAGCCAAAAAUGUGCCUGCGUCAUUCAUUCUGUGGGCCUAGGGGUAGGGGAAAGAGUAACUUAAGCUUGACUAUUCAAUAAACAUCAUGCUUAUAGAAGUGAGAAUGUAAAACAAAAAUCGAAACGAUGGCGCGUUUCGUUCGGUUAUGAUUGGUCAGGUAUCGCGUGUCUCUUCUUUCGUCUUUUGUUUUGUCUGUUUGUCGUCAUUUCCAUUAUAUUUUAAAUAUAUUUUCUUCUGGUUUAACGUAAAGUACUAAGAAAUUAAUUUAAUUUUUGCCAUCUUUAUGAUAAUUGUAUAUCUCUCUCAAGUGCCCAUACGUUAAUCUAAGUAAUGUAAAUACUUAAUUAUUGAAAUGUGCAAUAAUUAUAUUUUAUUUAUGAAAUUAUAUGUAUUAAUGCAAUAAAACCACUUAAUGUAUA